GUGUGUGUUCAGUAAGUAGUUUGGAUGUGGUAGAGGGGAGAGGGGAGCCGGGCAGUGGAGCUGGAGUGUAUGGAGGAAGCGCAGUCUGGAUGACCCGCCGCUGUCUGGACGUCUGAAAGCCAGGCACCAUGUCGCAGUUGCUCCACGUGGAGAUCCCUAACUUCGGGAGCACGGUGCUGGGCUCGCUGAACGAGCAGCGACUGCUGGGUCAGUACUGCGACGUGUCCAUCCUGGUGAAGGGCCAGGCCUUCAAGGCUCACCGGGCAGUUCUGGCCGCCAGCAGCUUGUACUUCCGCGACCUGUUCAGCGCCAGCACCAAAGCCCAGUUCGAGCUGCCCUCCUCGGUCACGCCGGCCUGUUUCCAGCAGAUCCUGUCCUUCUGCUACACCGGGAAGCUCACCAUGGCCGCCAGCGAGCAGCUGGUGGUGAUGUACACGGCCGGGUACCUGCAGAUUCAGCACAUUGUGGAAAGAGGGAUGGACCUCAUGUUUAAGGCCAAUUCACCCCACUGCGAUUCGGCUACGGCUAACAUAGACGAGCCCGGGUCAGAACCGCAGAGUCCCAGUAACAACCCCAACAGUAAUCCCAGUAAUAACCCCCUGUCCAUGCUCGGACCCCCGGCCUGGUCACCGUCGCUCGUCGCCCCAGCUCGGAGGAUCAAGCUAGAAGGCAGCGAAGCUCCGUUAAACCUGCAGGGCGGCGCCAAAAAAGGCUCCAGGGAAGGUGCGUCACGCGGCGGGUCUCUGUUUUUCUCCGGAGGGGCGGGGUUUUACCCGCCAGGUGUGCAGACGUAUCCCAUAACCCCCGGGGAGCGCUCCAGCCCCGGGGAGUCCAGCCUGCCCACCACGGACAGCCCCACCUCCUACCAGAACGAGGACGAGGAGUUCGAGGAGGAGCCGUACGACGGAAUCACGGAGGAGGCUUUCAGCCAGAUCUAUGGACGCACCGCCAACCCUUACAGCAAUUCGGAUAAGCCGGAGAUGGCAGCCGUGCCCCUCCCGCUGGAGAGCCGGCCCUGUGUGCUGCUGCGGCGGGACCUGGUGGCACUGCCCGCCAGCUUAAUCAGCCAGAUCGGGUACCGCUGCCACCCCAAACUCUACACGGAGGGAGACCCCGGGGAGAAGCUGGAGCUGGUGGCAGGUACGGGGGUCUUCAUGACCCGGGGGCAGCUGAUGAACUGCCACCUGUGUGCUGGCAUUAAACACAAGGUGCUGCUGAGGAGACUGCUCGCUACCUUCUUCGACAGGAACACUCUGGCUAACAGCUGUGGGACCGGCAUCCGUUCCUCCACCAGCGACCCCAGCCGGAAACCUCUGGACAGCAGAGUGCUCAACGCCGUCAAACUGUACUGUCAGAAUUUCGCCCCUAAUUUUAAGGAGAGUGAGAUGAACGUGAUCGCGGCCGACAUGUGCACCAACGCCCGGCGCGUCCGGAAGCGAUGGCUGCCCAAGAUCAAGUCCAUGCUGCUGGACGGGAUGGAGGUGUACCGAGGGGCCGGGGGGCUGACCCUGGGGGCUCCCGGGGCCGGGGUCCCGUUGACCUUUGACCCGGAGUUUAAGCCGCUGACCCCGUCGGGCCUGGUUCUGGACCAGCGGCUGUUCGGGGAGCGGAAGGACGCGGAGAGGACGCUACAGCUGGACGGGGACAGUCCCGAGCACCAGGAGGGGGCGGAGCCUGAGCUGUCCGACGGCCGGGGACAGGAGGAACCCAAAGAGGAAGAGGAGGAGGACGGGGCGGGGGCCGAAGGAGUGGACGGGACUCUGGGGGCCACACUGUUAAUCCUGGGGGCCGAGGCGGCCAUGCGUAGCCAACGGACCCUGGAGGGACAGCAGGAGGAGGAGUUUGUUGAAAGUCUGAGGAUAAAUGGGCAGUGAAGACCUGGCAACCCACCUGCACUCGUCUCUAUAGCGCCCCCUUGCUGCUCUUGUUGACUAUACUUACAAGCCACAGUACCGUGCAUCGCAGUACAUAGCGCAUAAAUAACCCACCCAACCCACACUAACAUAUAAACGGGUCCUAUCACUGAGCCCUGGAGUACGCCGAAAACUGCACAUUUAGUGUUUUUCCUGCUUUUGAGGCAUCUGGAUUAGUUUUUAUCUUGGAAAUUACAAAAGUUUAAGCAGUCACCAGUAAAAUGUGCGGUUUUAAUCCAGAACAGAUUUUAAGAUGCAUUCGCGUGACGAAACUUCGUUUUUUUUUUUGCCUUCUGUGGUUUUUCUUCAUUAAAAAAACAUUACAUUACAAAUUAACUUAACUUUACAUUAAAUGCAGAACUUACAUAUAAUCAUGUUAUUACUGACAUUGAUUUCUAUGGAGACAGGGUCCAGAUCAGAAAAAAAUCUAAAAACUCUGAUCUUUAUGCAACUUUUAAGCAAUUUAUUAUCUCCCAGCCAAUCAAAUAGUUUGAAUAUAGCGUCAAACCUUUACAAUUGGUGAAAACAAAUUAAUAGUUGUUCUUUUUUAUUUAAUUUAAAGAGUGCUUACUUAUACUGUAGCUGACUGGUUGGAGGAGUUGUGUUAAAGCAGGGAAAACAGCAAAAUGUGAGCAAACAGGGCAACUCCAGGACCAGGACAGGGACCCACACCCUGCACUAACACACCCAGUGCAUUCUGGGUAAUGAGGGCGACUUUGGAGGGUUAAUAAACACAGGCAUUGCUUUAAGAAAGUCUUUAGGAACGGGCACUUUUUUACAUUUUUUAGAACAGAUUAAUUGAAAAAUUACACACAUUAAUUCAAAAAUCAAAACUGUAAAGUGGCCUGCAGAAUAUUUAAUUAGAAUUAUAUUUUUUUAGCUGUGUAUGUUUAUUACACUAAUUAAGGCAAGCAGAAGAAGUUUAAUUCUGAAUAAAAAUCCUUUUAACUAUUUUUCCCGUAUCUUUAAACUAUAAAACAGGCCAAUUUGAUGCGUAACAUAACAGGAUGGUUAAUACAGAAUUUUUCCUUAUCAGUUCUUAAAGAAAGAUUUUAAGAACUUUGAAAGUAUCCUCAAUUGGAGUCAAUGCAAAGAUUAUUAUACAUUUUAUAAUGAUGGAACUGGCACUCAUCAGGACCGCCCCAGGAAAGGUUAUCAUCAUUUUUCGUCAGAUAAGAGCACCUUAAUGCUUCUUCACAUAGUAUUUUGGUUUGCUAAGUUACUACAUGAUUCCUUACGGUACCUUGGUACAUAAUUGGGACACACCCAUACAUUUAUUUGAGGGGACUACUUUUUGUCACAGCACCCUACAUGUAUCCCUCCACUACUUUACUGAUAUUUGGAUUUUGAAAACACGUUUUAGGUCUGGGUAAAUUUGAAAAUCUUGUUAAAUCAGUGCAGAGUGCAUCAGACGGUUCGAUUCUUGUGGGCGGAGCCUUUGCAGGACAUGGCAUGGUAAACUGGCAUUUACAGUGUUACAGUUCAGGAGAUAAUAAUACCUCAGUAAUGAACGCAAUGCCUGUGUUUAUUUAUGGCAUGAAAACUCACACACACACACUUCCCAUUAAAGCCCUCCAGAGAGUGCACUGUGUAUGUGCUUUAACAUUUCUAAUGCCACACAUGCACACACACACACACACACACACACACACACACUAAACACAGAAACGCUUGCAUGCAAAAUUACCAGUCCACAGAGCCCCAGUAUAACCAGCACCCCCAUAAUCUCCCAUUUCUGAAACAGACACUUUUUUUCCACGUUAUUUUACAAAAACCCGAGAAAAACAUCGUAACCUGCCGAGAGCAUCCAGCGGGGGGGCCUUUCCUCACCGCGAGCGACAGAAUAAAGAGUUACGGAACCGCAGCUUCUGCUUACGGUUCUCUACUGUAAAUUAUUUAAUGAAACUCAAACUAGUAUCAGUUUUUCUUUAUUUUUCUCUUCUUUUUGUUUUUUGCUGGCUUUAUUGCAUUUGCACUUGAAGAGGUACGGAGAGACACCCAGUUGUUUUAGUUUUUAAUUUUAAUUUUAAUUAAAUUUUUUUAUUUUAAUUUGGAUUUUAAUUUUAAAUUUUAUUUUUAAUUUUAAAAUGUAUUUUUAAUUUUAAUUUUAUUUUUUUCAGAUUUAUUUUUUUAUUUGUAUGUUUUAUUUUAUUUUUAAACCUUUUUAUUUAAUUUUAUUUUAUUUUUAUUUUUUUAUGUUUAAAUAAUUUUAUUUUAUUUUUUAAUUUUUUUCAAUAUUUAAUUGCUUUUUUAUUAAAUUUUAUUUUAUUAGAUUUUUAUCUCUUUUUUUUUUCUAUUUUUUUUUUUUUACAAAAGUGACUCGGUCUCUCCACCUUUUCUCCCUCUUUCCGCUGGAUUCGGGGUCCGGUUCGGACGGAUCGGACCCCCAGGCGACACCUUAGCAAGGGCUGCUUUUUAAAGGCUGAAUGGAUGAGAAAUUGCACAGCAACACUACGAGCUUCGGCACUGUUUCUCCUUAUGGUUUUGUUUAAUUGUUUGUUUGAUUGUAAGUUUUUUUUAUUGUUAUAGCGCCACCUAGAGCAAAUGCAGUGCACUUCCUAUAUACUACCCUCAGCAUAUUCACAUAUUCACCAUAAAAACUGACCACUGAAGACACUGCAGACCCUGCAGCAAUCUGCUGACAGUAAUACUGUGUUUAAACUAAUGCAUAUUAAUGCAUAUUAUUGCAUGUGGGUUUAUACAGUGUGCUGAGCAGCAGAAAUCAGAUACUAGCAGUUAUAAAUACAAUCUUAUCCCAUUUUUAAAAAAAACACUGUUAAAUAUUCAUUUCUUUUUGUCAGAAUCUUCAGGUUUGUUCAAGUCAUGUAGUUUUUCCUCUUAAAUCUGUUUUUUCUCCAUUUAUAUUUUUAAAAAUGGCCAAUAUUUGAUUUUAAAGGAGGAACUAACUAAGAAAGUAUUUCCAAGAGCUUUUAAAGCAGCCAGAUAUGUACAGAUAUGUUGAUAUUAUUGAUAUUAUCAAAUUUAUCAACAAAGCUAGUGUCAUCUUUUAUCAGAUUGGGUGUGUUAAAGUUGUAGAGGGCCUAGAGUAAGUAUUUAAAUAUAUAUUUUUUCCAUAUGUUUUGGAUUGUGUUGCAGCUGUGAGUGUUAGAAUUGCACUAGAAAGAGAAUUUGUUUACAUAGAAUCACAAUUUGCAAAAGUUGCAUUUUAAAAUUAAUUAUCAGCUAAUUAAUUAACCAAUUAAUUUCUUACUAGGCUAAGCUAGUAAAAUGCAGGUUGCUAGGCUAAGCUAGCAGAACGUGAGGCGCUGGGCUAAUCUCGCAGAAUGAGAGACGUUAGGCUAAGAUAGCAGAACACUGGAAGCUAGGCUAAUCUCGCAGAACAUUGGGCACUAGGCUAAUAUGGCAGGACGUGGGAUGCUAGGCUAAUCUUGCAGAACACAUGGCGCUAGGCUAAUCUUGCAGAAUGAGAGAUGGUAAGCU